AUGGAGAAAUUGGUUGUGAUUGAUAUGCUGCUGACUGAAUGGGCUGCUGACAAAUUCCCGGAGAUGAACAUCAGAUGUCCGAAAGUUUUUUCGCAACGUAUGAGAGUAGCCCAAGGAUUGCUGUACUAUCAAAGAAGCCAGGUGCGUACGUUGAAACAGCAAACACGCGAUUUUGCUGAGAAAGUGAAGCUUCUUCUCAAUGAUUUGAAGUAA